CAGAUACGCACAAGCACCGGAAGUAGCUUUAGUCCGCAACCCAUUCAAGCAAUUCCGUCAAUUGAGAGAAAACAAACUCUGCUGAAGUUCAUACAAUAUAUCCAGUAAAUAUAAACACGCGAUUUCGCUUGUGUUUGGCAAGAUAAAACUACGCGAAUCGCUAACAAACGUUAGCUAAAAUCUGACUCCCUGUAACGUGCUUAGCUAUCAGCUAGCGUUAGCUUCGUUGCUAUGUUACGAUCGUUAUGAUUCAGAUUUGAUAAACUACGCGAUUUCUAGAGGAUACAACGCUACAACUAACCGUAAAUCAUCUAACAAUGGACCAUUUCGAAACACCAUACGUGGAGGAGUCUACAUUUAUUUUAUGCAGGGUCUGUGAUAAAUCCAUAAGGGGUGAAACCUUGUACAAGAUACACCUGACCACACCAGGACACAGAAAGAAAGAGGAUGUCCUUGUUGCUUCGGGGCAUCCAGUCAGACUUCCCCGCAUUCCGGAAUUUGAGGACAUAUUACAAUAUCUGGAUUACAUGAAGCUUGAUGAGCCCAUCAUUGGUUUGAACUAUUUGGACGAGCUGCCUUGUAAUGACUCACAGACGGGCCCCAAAUACACGUGUAGGCUUUGUCAUCAGACGGCAAACCUGCUGGAGAUGGUCCAUCAUGUGAUCGGACGAAAACACCGGCAGAAAUAUGUGGAACUGAAACGGCCCGACUUGGUGACGUGGAAUAAACAAUCCUUAAUAACCCACGGGGGAAAGACCGUACGAGCCAGAGCGGAGAUAAUCGAGAGGCAGGAUGGACGAGGAACUCCAGUGGUCAUGUCGGGAAAAGGGAUGGAGGCCCAAUUGAACACGUCAAGAGUUCCCCCCAGGCAGACGCUGAAUAGGGAUCAGAACUUUUUACAGAAUCCGAUCCGGCGAGGUCGGCCGCCACUCCGGGACGAGUACUCUCCCCCAGGGAGGGGUCACCCGGGCACAGCCCCAUUCGGCCAAGAAGACGCGUACAUGUCGCCCAGGGACAGUUCGAUGUACCAACAGGGGGAACUGCAGGGGGCAGAUCGCGGGGGGCGCCUCACCGACAGACAGGGGUACAUGGAGCCAGAUGAUCGUACGGAGUACCAAGAGGAAUAUUUUGACGGUUCACAAAGGAGAGCCACACCGGAGCCGUGCGGGGAUCCCAGGUACGAUCCAAGGCAGGAGAUUUACCCAGACGAGGCUCCUCCUGUCACAGCGCUCCACCCGGAGAGAGAUCCACUGAAGGAGUUCUACACUGCCGAAGUCAGGAGACGCGGGCGCGCUGGUCCCGAGUACCCGGCCUCGCAGCCGGUGCACCCAGAAGGCGACGGGCGGCGUUCUCUGGACGGGGAAUCCGGAAGACCCCGAAGCAUGAAUGGGGCCGGCAGGCAGGGAUCGAGCGAACCCGAGGCAAAGAGGAGGAGCUUUCCUACAUCCAUGGAGAGGGACCAGACGACUGACGGCCAUUUGUUUAAUUUCGUCAGAGAAUAUCGUCACGAAAUGAGGGAACUGUAUCGGGAGGAGCCGGCCGGGAACCCGAGGCAGAGCCGAGCAGGAAGCCUCACCUCCCAGAGACAGGUGGAAGCUAGCCGGGCCCUGUCGGACAUUCCAGAGCCGUUCAGGCGUUUCCUAAAAGGCGCCGCUAAUGAUGAGGGAUACGGUAAAAGAAAAAGAAAGAGCCGCUUCUCUGAUGCCACUGCAGAGGAGGCAGAAACCACAAUGGAGAUGUUCCGCGAGUACGGAUUUCCAGAUCCGACACCUGGCAGACGUCCUGCACCAGUCUAUGGAACUCAACACCCUGACCGCUACAGAGAACCGCAGAGCUCGCAUCGUGCUGAAAGCCACCUAAGAGAAGACUCUGAGUCAACGGGUGUCUUUGACAUGCUGAAAAACAUUGAAAUUGAAAAUGCAGAAGAGGCCGACUUCCUGAAUAACAAACUUUGCGACCUUCUGAAGGAAUUCAAGAACAAAAAAUCUGAGAAUGCUUUGCAAAAUAGCCACGGCCGAGUAGCCGUCUCCACAAACUGCAACAGCUUUGACCCGGAGCUGUCCCCAAAACAUCAGUUUGACACAACCCACAGAGAAGAUUCAGACCGCAGACGACCAGAAGAACUCUACUUUAGAGAAGAGCAGGGAGGAAGAGGCCGGCGACCGCAUGAGCAAACACCUGAGGGGCAGCUUGAUGAAUACCACCAUCCUGUACGCAGGGUGCCUGUACAGUCCAACAGAAGACAUUAUGAGGAGGUUUUUGGGUUGCCCAGCAUGCAACAUGCCAGCUAUCCGGAUGAGCCAGCACGUUAUCCUGAAAGAUUUGAAGAACCGAGGCACCCUCUAGACUUCUCACAUGCUCCCGAGGAGUUUAUGGACUCCCAAACCUCUGCACCUCCGCUCCGCAUGGAACGAGGACACAGGAUGGACAGGGGCCUUCGGUACUCCAACAACCUGGACAAAAUCACCUCCACCCUCCUGGAGCUUGUCACAAGGAAAUAAUUUACCUACAAGUUCUGUCUGCAUAUACCUCCAUAGAUAUGAUGAAACUGGUUUGCAGACAAAUGUUAUCAAACUUUCCUCUUCCCUGCAGUUGGAUUUUUUUUAGCGUUACAUUUGGUUCUUAAACAUUAAAAAUAUUUGUCUACUGCAGCUGUCUCUGUUCUCUACCUAUAACCGUUAUCACCAGCAGCAUGUAAUAAUGCCCAUUGUGAUAGUAUUCCAUACAGUUAUUUUGAUUAAAUUCAACUCUGAAAUACAAGUUUGGUUCAGUUAAAGUUAGUCAAUGUCAUGCAGACAUUUGUGAAUUUUUUGUUCCAAUGUUAGUUUAAUAAAAAUUGUAUUAUGGGGGGAAAUCAGUCACAGCAGUUCUACUUGUUAUUACCAGAAAUCUUCAUGUUUUAUUGUAUACUUGUUACACAUACAUGGUGUAAUUGGACUGUCACUAAACUAGUUGAUGUAAAAA